AUGGCUUCGAACAAAGACACCUCGUCGCUCGACGCCAACAAAGGCUCCGUCGGCUCCGAGUUCACCGAGAAGGGCUCCGUGGGCGGCACGGCACAACAGGUCGGCGGACCAUUUGACAAAGAGGGCGCCGUGGGAAAGCAAUUCAAGCCUGACGGCAGUGUGGGCAGCACGGCGCAGUCUGCGGCGGAGCAUAUGCAGGGAGAGAAGCCGAAUCUGUUUGACAAAGAUGGAGCAAUCGGAAAGCAGUUCAAGGCCGACGGAAACAUUGGUCAAGUCGGAGAGGCCGUGGGUGGUCCAUUCUCCAGCAAGGGCGCUGUUGGCAAACACUUCAACCCUGAGGGUUCUGUUGGCGGAUCCGUGCAGGAGAACUUGGGUGAUGGCAAGAAGAAAUGA